AUGAGUAAAGAAGUCAUGAAAUGCAAGGAAGCAUUUAAUGGUAAGGCCCUAAGGGAGCCUCCAUUAGGAAAAGACGACAGAAUUUCAAAUAUACAAAAUUUCAACAUGAAGUUAGCGAUAGCUUUGCUGUGUUUCAUGAUUGUGGUGAGUGCAAAGAAGGAGACGCCAGUAACCCUGUGUGGACGACAGCUGGCUAAUGCCAGGCUACUAGUAUGUUUUGGUGAAUUUGUGGAUAAACGUACCUCGCCCGAAUCUAUAUUUGCUGCAUUAGCUGAUGGUGACAAAUGGCUUGAUGGGUACAUGUGGAGCGGCCGCCGUGGAGCCCUCAGCGCUGAUUGGUCACGCUACAAGCGGGAUGGACUCGCUGACGAAUGCUGCUUGAAACCUUGCACCACUGACGUCAUACUGAACUAUUGCUGA